AUGAAAGAAUUUAUGCCAUUAAUUAAGUAUUAAAAUCAUUAUAUAGUCCAAGCACUAAAUCCAUUCAACAUACAAAAAAUAAUAAUAAAUAUUUGAGGAUACUUAAUUUUCUCCUGUUCGAAGCAGCCUUUCCUCAAAUCCCAAUUUUAAGAAAGGAAAAGAAAUUACUUGGAAAAGACCUAAUCAAUUUUUAUAGCCUGGUUCAAUUAACUUGUUUGAUGUAACAAUCUCUAUUAAUCAAUAGUCAAUAGAUCCAAUUCAUAUUAAACAAGGUGAACUUGAGGAUUGCUAUUUUUUUAAGUUCCUCAUCUGUUUUGCCCCCUUUUAAAUCAAGAAACUAUUCAUAAAUCAAGAGUAUUAAUAAAGUGGUAAGAGUAGUACCUAAAUUUUAAGGCCUUUAUGGAAUUUAUAUGUGUAUAAAUGGAUUUUGGCAAGAAAUUGUUGUGGAUGAUUAUAUUCCUUGCAGUAUAGGUCCAAUAUUCUCAAGAGAAGACAGAAAAUGGGUACUUCUGUUGGGAAAAGCUUAUGCUAAACUAUAUGGGUCUUAUACAUGUUUUAGAUAAAUUUCAAGAAAUUAUAAUGUGUUUAAGAAAAUAAUCAAAAUUUUUAAUUUGAAUGUAUAAUUAAAUAGAAUCAGGUAUAGUAGGUUGCACCUUAAGAGAUUUAACUGAAGCUCUUAAUAAAUAUUUUAUUAGAAAUGGUGAAACCUAAUAAGAUAUCAAUUAUGUUUGGAGUUCAUAGAAAAAAAUUUCAAACAAAAAUACAUAUUGGCGGCAUCUUCACUAAAAAAAGAUCAAUAGCAUUAUUAGGCAAUUUUAGAUAUACAAAAGGUUACUGGAAGUGAUGGGAUACCAGAUAUAAUCAUUAAGAUAAGAAAUGUAUAUCAUUUAAUGUAAAUUUGAAUAGCCUUGGACUAAAAAAGAAUGGACAAAAGACUGGAAUGAUUAUUCUGUAAAAUGGACACCAGGACUUAGAUAGAGGUUAUUGUCAAAAAAAAGGACAAAGUGUUUUGGAAAAAUGAUGGAAUAUUUUGGAUGAGCAUUAAAGAUUUUUUAACAGAAUUUUGUGAGGUUUGUGUGUGCUAGUUUAAUCCAGAUUAUUUAUAUACAGCCACAACACUUAAAGUUGAUAAAUUAGACACUGUAACCAAAAAAGUAGUCUUAAUGAAGGUGUAUCAGAAAACACAUCCAUCUAUUUCAUUGACAUAAUCAGAUAAACGAUUGUUCUAAAACGGUCAUUAAUAUUCCUUAAGCAGAUUAAUUAUUGGUGAAUUAGACAAAAAUACUAAAGAGAUAUUAAAUUAUUCAGGCCAUGCUUUUGAAAAUGAUAGGGAUAUUGUUUGUUGAAAAAAUAUUUGAACCUGGAUAUUAAACAUUAUAUGUUGAAGUAGAGUGGGGUUAAAAUUAUGAUAGAUAUCUUGCUUUUUCUUCUUAUGGAUCUAAUUUAGUUUAAUUUUCUUAAUUAUAAUUUCUAUUUGGUCAAGAGGAAAUAGCAAUUAAGACAAUUUUAGAUGGAUUAUUAACAGCACAUCAGAGAGACACUGAUGAUGAAGUAAUUAAGGAUAUUGAACCAGGAAUCAUAAGACGUUCAGGAGAAGUGGCUGGAUAUAAUUAUUUUUGGUAUAAACAUUAAACAACCACAAAAAUAUUUUAGUAAGUUCUUCAAAUGGAAAAAAUAUAAAACUUAGAAAUCUGUUUUCCUUAUUAAAAUUCUGGUGAGGUUCAAGUUUAAUGCAAUCCUGAAACUAUUGUUAUAGUUAGAGUUAAUAAACAAGAUGGAGGUGCAUUUAGUUUUGCAUUAAAAUGUUUAACAUAAAUUAUUGAGGUUAAAUCUGAAUAAGAUAUCUUUAAACAAGUACUUCAUAAUCCAGAUUAAAAGUUCUAAAGAAGUUUUUAAGGAAAAAUAUAAUAUUAUACAUAAAAUAGAAUAUAUAUAUUCCUUUAUAUUGUAAAGUUUCCUACUGGAGUUGCUAUCUUUUAUGAAAAUAAAGAAUCUAGUACAUAUUAAGAAACGAGUAAAUUUGAAGUCAAUAACCUAGAAGGAGUAAGGAUAGAUAUCUCCAAAGAUGUAGUCUUAGAAAUUCCUCCUGAAUAAUCAAAACUAAUUUAAUUACAAUCUAUAGAUACAAGCAAAACAUACUCAUAAAAAUAAUGUGUAUAUUUUAAGUUAAUAUGA